AUGUUUCUGUUGACUAAUUUUGAAAAGGGGCAUGUCAACAACGUCACAUACGUCCGCUACGCCGAGACGGCACGCGUAUACUUCACACGGAACUUCGCGUUACAUAUCGAUCCCUCGCACAAGACAGAAUGGAUGAACCUUGUCAGCAAUAGAGGGCUCGGCAUAAUUCUCCGAAGCAUCAAAGUUGAUUAUAAAUUCCCAAUGCAAUACCCCGACAAAGUCACAGUAUACCACAAAUUAGUCCAUGACCCGUCAUCCUCCCAGUCUACACAGUUCGCGUUCCACCUACAGGUCAUGAUCCUCUCGGAAGCCAAGCAGCGGCCUGCGGCUCGGUGUCAUGAGGAUCUCGUCACAUACGACUAUAAACUGGGAAAGAAGGCUGCUAUCCCGCCGUUUUUAAUGAAACAACUUGCGGAGACAUGGAAACUUCAGGAGCAAGCCAAGAAACAUUGGCAGCAGCGGAUUCUAGAUAUAGAAGCGAGAGUGAGGAAGCUAGAAACAGAGAGCUGGGACCGGGCAGAUGCGGUUGAGGAUACAGGAUCUGCGAAGAAAUAA